AUGCUUGGCAUUUUGAAAAUUUACCCACUAACUAAAGUUGUGCAAAACUGGAUUUAUAACAAAAAUCAAAACAAAGGACUUAGCAUUUUAAUUCAAAAACGUUAUGGAGCCAACACAUUUGUAAAUUUUAACCCAGAAAAACACAAACCUUUCUUGGUUACAUUCACUAAAGAAAAAGGAGAAUUUUCGUUAACUUCGCUUUUAAAAAAAAAUAAAAAAAUUUGGGAGCCAAGUGAGAAAAGCGCAAUAAUUGUAUCGCAGACAACAGUCGUUGCUAAGAGAAGACGAAGAGGAAUUAAUGACAGAAGAUGAAGAGGAACUAAUGACAAUUAUAAAAAUAUAUGUAGUGUUAAGCAAUUAUUUGUACCUUUAAAAAAAGCUGGUUGGAAUAAUUUAUUUUUGUAUCCUGACCAUUUUAUUAUCAAUCAAUGUAAAGGACAAUGCUACAUUAAAAAAACUUACCAUUCAAUAUUACAAACUUUAUACGCGGAUGUGCUUAAAAAUCAUGAGGUAAAACACCCUUGCUGCGCCCCUUCAAAGUUAUUGCCAGGAACAGCUUUAAUUUAUGACCAUUCAUCUGGCAAAAAAGUUUUCAAUCUUGUACGUAUACAUAAUUUAACGGUAACCCAGUGUGAGUGUUUGUAGCUAAAACCAAACACAAUUUUACGUCUCUAGUAAAAAAUCCCAAUUAAAACUUUAAUAUUCAUUAAAAUGAUUCCUUUUUUUUUGUUAAAUUUUGUUUGUAUAUUGUUUAUAAAUU